AUCACUUGACUCUUCUUCUUUCUAUAUUCCACAUUUCUCACUUCAAUAAUAGCAAACAAAAACAAACCAAAUUGUAAGUUCAAAGCCAGAAAUCCCUAACAGCAACAAAGAAAUGGCAGCCACCAUAGGAACCAUGGCUAUGCUCAAUGUCAAAUGCUUUACCAAAGCAUCUAUUAACAACUCUUCAAAGCCCAAACCCAUCUCUCUUCUCUCCCUUCAAAACCUCCCAAAAGGUCUCUUGACUUCCAAAACAUCUGAAAACACCUCAAACUUAUCAAGUUCCCUCACUGGAACAGCAAUUGCAGGUACCAUUUUCUCAACCCUGAGCUCAUGCGACAGCGCUUUUGCAGCGCAACAAAUUGCUGACAUAGCAGAGGGAGACAACAGGGGUUUAGCACUUUUACUUCCUUUAAUUCCUGCUAUAGCAUGGGUUCUUUACAACAUUCUUCAACCAGCCCUGAACCAAAUCAACAGAAUGAGGAAUCAAGGAGUUAUUAUUGGUCUUGGUCUUACUGGUUUAGCAGCAUCAGGUUUUUUCAACACUCCUGAGGCUUCAGCUGCUAGUGAAAUUGCUAUGAUUGCAGAUGCAACAAGUGACAACAGAGGACAACUUUUGCUGAUUGUUGUGACUCCUGCUUUGCUUUGGGUUGCUUACAAUAUUCUACAGCCAGCUUUGAAUCAGAUCAACAGGAUGAGACAGUGAGGAUCAUGUUUUGUAAAAGGAUGCAGUUGUAUUUGGACAAUAUUACUUAUAUAAAAUUGCACCUUGACUUUUAUCAAUCAACUUGUCCUUAAAAAAACCAUUUUGUUUUAUGGAUAACUUUCUUUCAAACUUAUUUAGUAGGAUUGAAUAAAAUUGUGUAUUAUUUGUAAUCAAAAGAUUGUUCUCAACUUA